CACCUUCCAACCGAUGUCUAGGAAGAACGGAAGACUAUCGACACACUCAUAGCGAUAACUGGCGUAAAAUGAGCUCUUCAAAGCCUAAGCUUGGGAAAAGGAAGGCACCUGCUGCUAAGGGGCCUGUACCGGUGAAGAAAAAGCCUCACAAGCCCCGAGGAAUGGUUAAAUUGCCACCAGGAACCGUCUUGACAGACCUCACCAAGAAAAAGUGGCGUUUGGGAGAGUUGGUAGGAUGGGGUGGUUUUGGUGCCAUUUACUUAGCUUCUCCAGAUAGUGGAUCACCUGUUACUGAAACUGCUGAACAUGUUGUUAAAGUGGAGCCACAUACCAAUGGCCCUUUAUUUACAGAACUUGCAUUCUAUCAACGUGUUGCUAAGCCAGAACUAAGUAUGUCUCUGAAUUUUGAAUUUAAAAACAACUGUCUCUAAUAGCUUUAUAUCUAGCUAAUAUCUAAUGAU